AUCACCAACUUGAGUUUGUUAAAUAAGAUUAAAAACCCUUAAUCAACUCUCUCAUAAUUCUCUCUACUUUGGAGUCUAAGAGAGACCUAAUGUUAAUUCCUUGCAUUUGAUCACAUCACUUUAGAAAGUUAUCUUUUAGCUCUUCUCUUCUUACAACAACAAAAAUAAUCCCAUCCCUUAGCUAAAUUGAUCCAAAUAACUCAAAGAUGAGAUCUAAAGAAGAAGAAGCAAUCUCGGUCACCUCAGCUCAAAACGACAUCGUUCAGCCCCCACUAAAGAAGAAGCGAAACCUCCCCGGAAAUCCAGACCCCGAGGCGGAGGUGAUCGCCCUGUCGCCCAAAACCCUAAUGGCGACGAACCGGUUCUUGUGUGAGAUAUGCGGGAAAGGGUUCCAACGGGACCAGAAUCUGCAGCUGCACAAGAGGGGACACAACCUGCCGUGGAAGCUGAAGCAGAGGACGGGGAAGGAGGCGAGGAAGCGGGUGUACGUGUGCCCGGAGAAGACGUGCGUGCACCACCACGCGUCAAGGGCGCUGGGGGACCUCACCGGGAUCAAGAAGCACUUCUGCAGGAAGCACGGCGAGAAGAAGUGGAAGUGCGACAAGUGCUCCAAGCGAUACGCGGUGCAUUCGGAUUGGAAGGCACACUACAAGACUUGUGGCACUAGGGAAUACAAAUGUGAUUGUGGUACUAUUUUUUCAAGGAGAGAUAGCUUCAUCACUCACCGAGCCUUCUGCGACGCCCUAGCCGAAGAAACGGCUAGAUUCACCGCAGCAUCACACAUGAACCACAACAAUCCAAAUCUCAAUUACCAUCUCAUUGGCUCAUCUCUAGAGUUAGGGCAACAACAUUUCCCUCCAAUCUUCAAAUCAAACUCAAUCAACAACCUUUCAAACAUCCCUAAGAACCAACCCCUAUGGAUACCCCAAACCAACCACCCCAAUAUACACAUCCCCCAAAACAACCCCAUCCCAAAAAACCUUCGAGAAAUGCACCACCAUCAAAUCACCCUUGACCACCCACUCAUCCACCAAAACCCUAAUCCACCACCCUCUUCAUACCACAUGAUGAAUUGGGAUUUCGGCCCUAAUCAAAGCCCUAUGAUGAACAACAAAGAGGCUAACGCCCCGUCCCUCUUCAGUGCUCAGCACCAGAACCAGAACCAGAGCUGCGCGGCCAUCUCUGCAACGGCUCUGCUGCAGAGGGCCGCGCAGAUUGGGUCCACCACCACGACUACAGACUCCUCCAACAUCCUUGGGAAGUUUGGUCGUGACGAAGAUGGAGACAAGCUUUGUGGGUUGUACAGUACAACCAACUCGGGCACGAGCGGGCUUGGGAGCGAUGUGGAGGUCUCGUUGUACCCUCCCGUGAAACGGUGUCGUAGGGCGAUGACUGGUGAUGAGGAGAUUGGGUUGGGAGAAACGAGGGAUUUUCUUGGAAUGCAGACGAUCUGCAAUCCUUCUUCAAUCAAUGGAUGGAUAUGAUAUGAUUCUUGCAUAAAGAAAUAUCAAGAAUAUUGUUGUUGUUGAAGGAUAUGCAUAUCAUAAUAUUGUACCAAGGGAAUAAAGUGGAGUUUGAUGCUGAGACAGAGAAGACAAAAAAGGGAAAGGAAAAGGGGAAGGAAUUUAGUAUUGCAAGCUUUGAGGAGAAGGAAGAGAAAGAUGCAUAGAAAUAUUUAUUUGGAGAGAGGGACAUAACUAAGAUUCAUGCAUAUCCCGUCUUAGAAAACAUGAAAAUAUGUGUUUAUAAUAAUAUUUCACCUUUUGAAAAUUGUGGGCUUCACUAUAUCUUAUAUCUUUUGGUGGAAAUGGGGGUUUAAUAUUUGGUGGGGGGCAAAGAAAAGAGGCUCCAUUAUUGCUUUAUUUAAAUUGUGCCUAGUUGUUA